AUGCUUAACGGUUUCAUGAGGAGAUGUCUCCGUUUCCUGGUGUCCAUGCUGGCGAUCUUCGUGCAUCCAGUCACAUAUGUAAUUAACAUCAAGAGAAACAGGAAAUGUCCUCCACCAACCAACCCUAUAUUAUACAAAUCAGCCACUACUUUAGCCAUGAUGAUCAGAACUAAACAAAUCACAUCAGAAGAAGUGGUAAAGACUUAUAUUGAACGAUGUAAAGAAGUUAACCCAUACCUGAAUGCUAUCGUUGAACCGCGGUACGACUUAGCCUUGAAGGAGGCGAGAUGCAUCGACAAAAUGAUAGCGUCCAACGAUCGAACGCCAGAAGAUCUUGCCAAGGAACAUCCUCUACUAGGAGUUCCUUUGACUGUCAAGGAGAGCAUUGCUGUUGAAGGCAUGAGCAACGACUGUGGCACGAUAUACCACAAGCGUCAACCCGCCACACGAGACGCAGAUGUAGUGCGAGCUGUUCGAGCAGCUGGUGCUGUUAUAAUAGCUGUAACCAACACACCCCAGCUGUGUAUGAACUGGGAGACGUAUAAUAACGUGACCGGACUCACUAUGAACCCUUACGACCAGAGGUUGACCACUGGCGGAUCAUCUGGCGGAGAGUCCGCACUAAUUUCGUCAGCAGCUUCGGUAAUUGGAAUUGGUUCUGAUAUCGCAGGUUCGCUUCGGCUUCCGCCGAUGUUCAAUGGAAUUUUUGGACAUAAACCUACUCCAAAACUAAUAUCUAUACAGGGUCACGUUCCAGAUUGCUUAGAAUCUGAAUUCGAGGAAUACUUCGCUCUCGGACCCAUCACGAGAUACGCCGAAGAUCUGUCUCUUAUGUUAAAAGUAUUAAGACAACCAAACGGUCCCGAUGUACCAUUGGACAAACCUGUGGAUCUCACACGUUUAAGGUUUUAUUACAUGGAAGGUGACCACAGCAAUGUAACUGAUAACAUUGGUUCAGACAUGAAGAAAGCGCUUUACAAAGCCAAAGACUACAUUAGGUCUACAUAUAACGUAGAAGUGGAAGAGUUGAAAAUACCAAACAUACAACAUAUGUGGGAAAUAAGUGUCAGGGUUUUACUGAAGGUGAAUCACGUACAGAAUAUAUAUACGGACCCGGAAAAAAGAGACCAAUUAGUCUCAAUGUGGCCUGAAGUAUUGAAAAAGAUGGUUGGGAUGUCAGACCAUUCGUUCACUUCAGUUGUCUAUGGACCAGUAAAGAAAUUCUUUGAUUCCUUACCAAAUAGCUACUAUGAGAAGCUAUUAAAGGUUUUCGAACAAAUUAGGAAUGAUUUCAGCGAAGCUCUAGCUGACGACGCAGUGUUACUUUUCCCUACAUAUCCUUACCCGGCUCACAAACACUACAGAAUAUUCUACAGAUUCUUAAACUGCGGCUACCUUACGAUAUUCAAUGUUUUGGGACUACCCGCAACUGCUUGUCCUUUAGGUUUAUCAGAUAAAGGCAUUCCUGUUGGAAUACAAGUUGUUGCUAAUAAAUGCAAUGAUCAUUUAACAUUAGCGGUGGCGAAAGAAUUCGAAAAAGCUUUCGGCGGCUGGUCGCCCCCUAAUAAGGAUCUUCUAAAUAGCGUCAAAACUGCGUAA